AUGGCUGAUUUGAAAGAGUAUGUGAAAGAGAAGAAUACUAUGGACUCUGACAAGCCAGACACUCAGGAAUCCUUAAAGAAUCAGACGUCCUCUCGGAAGAACAAUACUCAGAGUCAGCCAGCGCAGCUGUCCUCGGAUGGUCAUGAAAAACCUGUAAGUGGAGCCCAGCCGGCUCCAUUCGUACACAGUGGCGUCCCCGCUGUUCCCUGCACAGACGAUGCAUUGCCUGCAGGAACACUUGUUAAUGGACCUGCUUCACACCACACCUCAGAUGAGCUCGGUGCCCUGAACAAAGGCAGUGUUUCGGCAAGCAAGGCCCCGCAUACUGAGAGCCCCGGGACUCUCUCCUGCCCCCGAGUGCCAGACCCGCCCGGCGAGCUUUGGCCAGACGCUGGGAGAAAUGUGGAGGGGCCCGUCCCUAAAACGUCGCCAGGGCGGCCUGGCGCCAGGGCGGCGCGACCUGACGGUAACGGCGGCAAUUCCAAAGUGCUUAGCGCCGGACCGCCAUCCAGGAAGAACGGGAACAAAGCGCCAACUGCCCAGACGGGGGCGGGCAACGGGGCCGGCGGACGAACAACGUGGGACUUUGAGUCUUCGGAGAGCUCCUCGGAUGAUUAUGACCUGGGCUGGCGGCCCCAGAAUGAGUUUGUGCGGCUCCUGUGGGCCAACCGCUGCGAGGAGGAGGAAGAGGAGGCUUCCGGGAAGAAGGCUGAAACCGUGCCUCUGUCUGUCGGCCAACGGCGGAAGAAACGUAAGGUCGAUGCGGAGGAAAUGAGAUUGUCCAAGAGCUCGCAGUCCAAUGGCAGUUCUGAAUACGAGGGCCCCUUAUCCAAUAACAAAGUGCAUUCCAUCAGAAAAAAUCCUGUCUUGCAGUCCUCCAUGGAUUCAAGCGAAACCGUAGUGGCCAUCAAGCAGCUCAUUGUACGUACACCUUCUAGAAAGCACUCUGACAGCAACAAAAUCAGCAAGGCGGACGGCUUCUCCUCGUUGGGCGGAAAACUUAAGCAGCUGAAAACCGAGUCAUUGACACGCUCAGAACAAGAGCCCUCGUUUCUUACAUGUACAAAGUGCAAUGUUAAUUUUAAGGAGAAAAGGCAUUUGCAUAGGCAUAUGAUGUAUCAUUUAAAUGGGCAUAAUCAGGUUUGUCACAUAAACGCGCCGAGGCCCUUCAUCUGUAGAGAGUGCGGGCGCUCAUUUCGCGAUCGCAGCUCCCUUCUGAAGCACAUGAUUAUUCACCAAGAGAGGCGAGAGAAGCUCAUGGUGGAAAUCAAGGAGCUGAGCCAGCUUCAGGACGAGGGCCAGGCCUCCAGGCUGCAGUGCCCCCAGUGUGUUUUCAGAACCGGUUGCCCCAAAACGUUCAUCCGGCACGCGAAGACGCACGGCAAAAACAAACGUUGCUACUCAUGCGAGGAGUGCAACCACACGGCCGCGACCGAACACGAGCUGGAGGCUCACCUGUAUGCCACCCACCACAUUACGUGCAUGCCCAGGUACGCCACGAUGAUGAAAAGCAACGGAUCGGAGGAGCGGGAGACGUUUGCGUCGGAGAAAAAUGAGCCGCUCGUUCCCGUCUCCUUUUCCUGCAGAAUAUGCCCUUUCAGCACUCAACACAAAAACGCUCUGGGAGAACACGUCCAGCUUGUACAUCAGCAGCUGUACCCCAACGGUUUUGAAAGGCUGUCCUACGAUGAAACGAACGACUAUACAACACCUGCAUUUCAGCCACAGUUUCCGAGAAAAUCCCAAAAAGCGGAUUCACAAAGGCUGCAGUUGCAGACAAAGUUUUGUAUACAGAGACAGGCUUUCAGGAAAAGAGCAGAAUUGCCCUUUUGGUCUGACCUGUUCAUGAAAAGUAAAUCCACACAGAAAGCUCGCAAAGGUUUUGCCUCCUCGCUGUCCAAAUGGAGUCUCGGCAAUUCAACAAACAAGCUGUCACCAUUCUCAAGACAAAGUGACAAGCCAAGCAAAUUAUCUCUUCAGCUGGCUGAAAAAAUAGAUGUAACAACAGGUCUUCCAUAUGAUGAGGACUGCAAGAAUGAUCAAGAAUUUGGAAGUAUGCUUUCAGGAGAUUCAGAGAUGCCAAAAUCUAUAUUAAGCUGCUAUGAGCCACUUGUACCCAAAAUGGAGUCUAGCUCCACUCACUACGUGGGCUAUGAGGCUGACAAUGGCAGAGUGGAUAAUGAGGAGGCAGACAGCAGUCGUUUAACCACACCGCCUGUCACAAAAAAGUCUCCUUCCAAGAGGAAAAUGUCCACCCCGUAUCACAACACCACAGACAAAACAACUCACAUAAUUUUAUCAAAACACGAACACACAGCAAAGAGGCACAUUCCUGAGGACAGCUACGAGGACACCUACGAUUUCAGUGACUACACCAGCGAAGCCACCGCCAACUUCCUGGACUGCAGCGAAAAUGAACAAAACCCCUACGCUCGCAGCUAUUUCAUACGGAGACAGAGGGGCCCCAUCAAGAGCAGCCGGGGCCCCCCGGCAGACAAGUUUGAAAGGCUCUGCGGGGAGGAGAAGGACUGCGAUGAACUCCAGCAGUUUGUGGUGAAGGAGGAGUGCGUGGAAGUCUCCCUAGGGCCCCCCGAGUCCGACGUGGGUCCGUGGGUCGACUCCCCUGACUUCGACACCUCUCUCUUUGGCAGCGAGCGGAGGUCCUGCCCGUACUGCCCUGCCGUGUUCGAGUCCGGGGUGGGCCUGUCCAAUCACAUUCGCGGGCAUCUGCACAGAGUGGGGCUGUCCUAUGACGCCCGUCAUGUGGUGACGCCCGAGCAGGUGGCCACCCGAGACAGCAGGCUGCGUAUCUGCAGGAAGGUCCCGACCGCACCACGCCGCUUCAAGAAAGCAGAGAAGCGGGAGUCACAGACAGAACACACGUGUCCCUUGUGCGGGGGGUGGUUUGACACCAAGACCGGCCUCUCGAACCACGUGCGCGGCCACCUGAAACGGAUCGGGAAGACGAUCUCCAGCACAAGCAAAUCCCCCGUGUGCAUCCUCAACGAGAUGAUGAAGGACGAGGAGGAGUACCGGAACAUUCUGCAGGUGCUUAACAAGAAGCGUUACCUCUCCAGGCCUUUUGUUUCCCAAAAGUUUGCCAGCAGUGACGGCCUCUUCCUGACCCCGACCGGGAUCCCGGUGAAGAUCCAGCACACCGGCCAAGAUGGUAAACCGUGGGGCCUGAGCAACCCGAGACAGGACAAGGAAGACCUGGAGAUGGCUGAGACCAAAAAUAGGGCGAGGGGGCCUUCCUCAGGUUCUCUGAUUGAGCUGCUCAAGAAGAAGAAGCUAGAUGAAGAGCUAAAGAAUUGUACUCAAAGUGCUAGGAAGCACUUUGCCAUGUCCCUUCCGAAUGAGAGCAGUGCUGGAACACAACUCAUCGGCUGGGUACAAGGGAAAAGUGAAAUAACCAAGAAAGUGUGCCUACACUGUAAUGCAACCUUCCCAAGUGCAGUCAGCUUGUCCAAUCACCUGCGAGCAUAUGCACGGCGGAAGAGAACGGCCUUGCUGGAGGGAACGAGUUAUGACUGUAAACAGAAGAAGCCAAGAUCGAGGCCCGGGCCUAAGAAGAAAUUAUUUGCACUGCCGCACGCAGCCGACGAGAUCUACAGGCUCACCUGCAGGUUCUGCGACCUAGUCUUCCAGGGUCCUCUGUCAGUGCAGGAGGACUGGAUCAAGCACUUACAGAGGCACAUCAUGAACACCAGCGUCCCGUGCACAGGGGCUGGCAUGGUGGAGGUGACCUCCCUGCCUUCAGAACCCCCCUCCGUGCCCGAGGAACCAGCGCCCCUACUGGUGCCACAGGCAGUGUCCUAA